CGCCGCCGGCGGUCUCCAGUUCCCGAGGACGCGCGACCGGACACCGGGUCCCGCCGCAGCCGAGGACAGCUCGCCGCUCGCAGCAGCGAGGCCUGGGGCGGCCCUUCAGGGGGACCUUUCCCAGACCGCCCGGAUGUGCACGAAAAUGGAACAGCCUUUCUAUCACGACGACUCAUACGCAGCGGCGGGAUACGGUCGGACCCCUGGCAGCCUGUCUCUCCACGACUACAAACUCCUGAAACCCACCUUGGCACUCAACCUGACGGAUCCCUACCGGGGUCUCAAGGGCCCGGGAGCGCGCGGCCCGGGCCCAGAGGGCAGCGGGGCAGCAGGCAGCUACUUUUCGGGUCAGGGAUCAGAGACAGCGGCCACCAUCAGCUACCUCCCACACGCACCACCCUUUGCGGGCGGCCACCCGGCACAGCUGGGCUUGGGUCGCGGCGCCUCCGCCUUUAAGGAGGAACCGCAGACCGUACCAGAGGCACGCAGCCGCGACGCCACCCCGCCGGUGUCCCCUAUCAACAUGGAAGACCAGGAGCGCAUCAAAGUGGAGCGAAAGCGGCUGCGGAACAGGCUGGCGGCCACCAAAUGCCGGAAGCGGAAGCUGGAGCGCAUCGCGCGCCUGGAGGACAAGGUGAAGACGCUCAAGGCUGAGAAUGCGGGGCUGUCGAGUACUGCCGGCCUUCUCCGGGAGCAAGUGGCCCAGCUCAAGCAGAAGGUCAUGACCCACGUCAGCAACGGCUGCCAGCUGCUGCUGGGGGUCAAAGGACACGCCUUCUGAGCGCCUCCCUCGCUCGCCCCGCACGGACACCCCGGCCGGGAAGGCUGGACGCCCGCCCCCCCCUGGGGUGAGGGGGGCGGGCGAUGGGCACCGGCCCGGAGGUCUGGAGCGCCGCGCACACACUGGACUCUGGCUCGCUCGCCUGCGCCCAGUCCUUCCACCUCGACGUUUACAUGGCCCCCCCUUCCAGCGUAUUUUGUAUGUUUUUUUUUUUUUCUGGGAAGAGACCGGAUUCAUAUUGAAUAUAAUAUAUUUGUGUAUUUAACAGGGAGGGAGAAGGGGGCUACGCUAUCGCGGCGGAGCUGGCCCCGCCGCCUGGUACUCAGCCUGCCGGGACACUAGGGAGGGACCUCCGCCCCCUGCCCUCCCCCUCUGCACAGGACUGUGGAGAAGAAACACGCACUUCGUGUCUAGAGUCUAUUUUAAGAUGUGUUUGUGUGUGUGUGUGUGUUUGACUUUUUAUUGAAUCUAUUUAAGUAAAAAAAAUUGUCUUUAUUAA